AUGCCAUCGCCGACGCUCAGACUGCGCCCGGGCGGCCCAGCAGACGUCGAGGACAUGUGCGAGGCGGUCCUCGACGCCUUCUCGGGCAACACGGUCGGCCGCACGUUCUUCCCCCGCAACUCAGCGUCCGCGCGCAGGUUCUGGCUGGACGCGCUGGCGGAGGAGGUCCACGACCCGAACGCGCGCUUCGUCGUCGUCGAGGACACGGUCGCAUCGCCCCCGGCCCUGGUCGCAUUCGCCAAGUGGAACGCGCCGCUGCCGCCUGGCACGCCGCAGCCUCCACUUCCCGGGUGCUGGCCGGCGGACGAGGACCCGGCGCUCGCGGGGGUCUUCUUCGGGAGGCUGGCGGGUAUGCACGAGGGGAUCAUGGGGGAUAGGCCGCAUUGGUACCUGGAGAUGAUUGUGACGAGGGGGAUGUACCAGGGGCAAGGUGCUGGUAGCAUGUUGAUGCGGUGGGGUGUCGAGAGGGCCGAUGAGGAGGGUGUUGAGUGUUACUUGGAUGCCACACCCGAGGGGAAGCACCUGUAUGAGAGAUUCGGCUUCAAGGAUGAAGCAACGUUGUGUUUCUUCAACGAGACGUAUCGGCACUCUUUCAUGGUUAGAGGGGUGACGAGAAAGACUCCCAGAGUUGAGACUGCCUAG